UGUACACACGCAUAUGUAUCACCUUUUCAUUCUUGUUUUACAAUAUAAUUUUAUAAUCCAUUGAUCUACAUCGUGAACAAUCAAUAGAGCAACUGCUGAAUCCUUAGGGUUUGUGCUUUAGAAAUUGAGUUUCUAAUCGAUUCUUUACAUUUCCCCAAAAUUUGGACGUUAUUCUGUAUAUAAAUCCUCGGAUUCGUUCCAGAUCUCAGAGUCUUCACCUAGCAAAUAUUUUCAAUUACCUUAUUUACUUGCUAAGAGAACGUAGGAACUGAAUAAAUUGAACGAGUUUACGCAACUAAGUAGGGUAGUUGAGUAGAUUUUUUCCCAUCUUGGGUCCCAAAUAAUGAAGAAAUUUAAAUUAUUUUGUUUUCCUAGAUUUUCUAGGAAAACAAAUGGAGCUUGGUUUUUCUUCACAUAUGUUACUUAGCUGUUGGAGCUUUGUGAAAAUUGUGUGAUACGAUGGCGAUGGUAGACGAGCCACUUUACCCAAUAGCUGUUCUGAUAGAUGAGCUGAAGAAUGAUGAUAUUCAGUUACGUUUGAAUUCGAUUCGGAGGUUGUCUACAAUUGCGCGUGCUCUUGGGGAGGAGCGAACACGGAAGGAAUUGAUCCCAUUUUUGAGCGAAAACAAUGACGAUGACGAUGAGGUGCUUCUUGCAAUGGCUGAAGAGUUGGGUGUGUUUAUUCCGUACGUUGGAGGAGUGGAGCAUGCCCAUGUCUUGCUCCCGCCUCUGGAAACCCUUUGCACUGUUGAGGAAACUUGUGUGAGGGACAAAGCGGUUGAGUCAUUGUGUAGAAUUGGAUCUCAGAUGAGGGAGAAUGAUUUGGUUGAUUGGUUUAUUCCUUUGGUGAAGAGACUGGCAGCUGGUGAAUGGUUUACUGCUCGAGUUUCCGCAUGUGGACUGUUCCAUAUUGCUUAUCCUAGUGCCCCGGAGAUGCUAAAGACAGAAUUAAGGUCAAUAUACAGCCAGUUGUGUCAAGAUGACAUGCCUAUGGUGAGGAGGUCUGCUGCAACAAACUUGGGGAAGUUCGCUGCAACGGUUGAACCUGCUCAUCUGAAGACUGACAUCAUGUCAAUAUUUGAUGACCUUACACAAGAUGAUCAAGAUUCUGUUCGCUUAUUAGCUGUUGAGGGCUGUGCUGCUCUUGGCAAGUUGUUGGAGCCCCAGGAUUGUGUUGCACACAUUCUUCCCGUCAUUGUCAACUUCUCCCAGGAUAAGUCAUGGCGUGUACGAUACAUGGUUGCAAAUCAAUUGUAUGAGCUUUGUGAAGCUGUGGGGCCUGAGCCUACCAGGACGGAUUUGGUUCCUGCAUAUGUGCGUUUGCUUCGAGAUAAUGAGGCCGAAGUACGUAUAGCAGCCGCUGGUAAAGUCACAAAGUUUUGCAGGAUUCUUAAUCCAGAACUUGCAAUUCAGCAUAUUCUUCCCUGCGUGAAGGAAUUAUCAUCAGAUUCUUCCCAGCAUGUUCGCUCUGCUUUGGCUUCAGUUAUUAUGGGAAUGGCUCCUGUACUAGGAAAGGAUGCAACAAUUGAACAGCUUCUUCCAAUAUUUCUUUCCCUUCUGAAGGAUGAAUUUCCUGAUGUGCGCCUUAACAUUAUCAGCAAGCUUGAUCAAGUCAAUCAGGUUAUUGGAAUUGAUCUUUUGUCCCAAUCUUUAUUACCAGCUAUAGUUGAGCUUGCAGAGGAUAGACAUUGGAGGGUCCGGCUUGCAAUAAUAGAGUAUAUACCUCUAUUGGCAAGUCAGUUGGGUGUAGGGUUUUUUGAUGAUAAGCUUGGUGGUCUCUGCAUGCAGUGGUUACAGGACAAGGUUUACUCAAUCCGAGAUGCUGCGGCUAAUAACUUAAAGCGCCUUGCAGAAGAAUUUGGUCCGGAGUGGGCAAUGCAGCAUAUUAUCCCACAGGUCUUGGAUAUGAUUAACAAUCCACACUAUUUGUAUCGGAUGACCAUUCUUCGUGCAAUUUCUUUAUUGGUCCCAGUCAUGGGCCCGGAAAUUACAUGUUCAAAGUUGUUGCCUGUCGUCGUUACUGCAUCAAAAGACAGAGUGCCGAACAUCAAGUUCAAUGUGGCGAAGGUGUUGCAGUCUCUCAUUCCAAUUGUUGACCAAUCUGUAGUGGAGAAGACAAUCCGUCCCUGUUUGGUUGAGCUUGCUGAGGACCCAGAUGUUGAUGUCCGUUUUUUCGCCAACCAAGGACUUCAGGCAAUUGAUCAUGUCAUGAUGUCGAGCUAAGAAUUUACCUCUAGAACUGGUAUUUGCAUUAACAGCCCUUUUGCUAAAGGUGCUAUAAUUCUGCUAUUUGUCUUCUUUCUUGAUGCUGAGAGGGGUAUUGCUGGGACUAGCAUGUAGAGAUAUCUUAUAUAUGGUUUCUGAAGAAAUGUGGUGUUGUUUGCAAGACAUCAGUUUUGUUUUGCCUCGUAGAUUUAGUGUUUCCGGUUUUUAUUAUUUAUUUAUUUAUUUUUAUUAUUAUUA